AUGAAGCUCGGCUCAAGUAUAGUGCUAGCCACCCUCGUAGCAGUGGUCUCAGCUGUCUUCAACUUGUUCGAUGAUGAAUUCUCUUCACCAAAGUACGUCUUUAAAACGGCGCCAGAUAUCAACGCACAAUGGGCAGAGACGCUACUGUCAGCGUCAUACCCAAACGAUACGUACUACAGACUACACACACACGAUGACGUGUACGUGUGCCAUGUUCCCUCGCCUCUUGAUGACGAUGAAUCAGGACCAGGCGACGCCAAUGAAGAUGACGACUCUCUCCACAGUCAAGAGCUCAGACUACAAGGAUAUAGCGAGCUGAUCAAGUCCAUUUUGCAACCACACGCCUGUUACUUCUUCCCUUUGGGGUAUUGGACCUAUUCGUACUGUCCAUCUACCGAGUUUGGCCAGUUUAAUGGUGAUCCAAUGCAAUACAUCAACAACAGGGAUAAGCUGAACGUGUUCGUUCUGGGCACCACGCCCAGAUUCAAUGAGACCUGGUCUUUGCUACAGAAGCGAGAGGCUGGACGUACAGUGCUCUCGUACACAAUGGAAAACGGUGCAAUAUGUGAUGUUACUGGCAAGCCACGUACUGUUGAAGUUCAAUUCAUGUGCAACCCUGAUUCAAAGGUUCCUGAGUUGAUGUCCGUUAGGGAGUACAGAACGUGCCACUACUUGGCACAGAUUGGCAUGUCCAAGCUGUGUGAUGACCCAAUUCUCAGUGUGAAGGGGGAUGCUAACAACCAAAUCACGUGUCAACGUGUUUCAAAUGGUGAGGAGCAACUCGUCAGCCCAUACAGGAUUGGCAUCACUGAGGACUACCAGCUGUCUAGGUUCUCGUCUGAUAUCUUCAUCGCCACACAUCAUGAAACAGGGAUGGUUGAGCUUGUCACUUUGAAAGAUGACAAUUCAGACCUGAUAGAAAGGAUUGGAUCCAGAUUCUUCCAGGUGAUGGUUGGCUCUAAACCAAACGUGAAGGACUAUGCCAAUGGAUUCAACUUCCAGUCCCAUGUUUACAACACACAUGGAGAGUUCCAAACGUCAGUGCUCUGUCAGUGCCGGGUCGUUGAUGGAGAGCCACGUUUGGUUAUAAAGCUAAAUCCUCAAUACCUGUCAUUUGAGAACUCCUGGCAACUUGAAGGCCUGGAGAGCAUAGAUCAACACGAGUCGCAUUUCAAGCAAGGCUCGGCACAGAAGGAACAGCUAGCAGACACGAUUCGUCAAUUGGACAUCGAGGUUGAGAUUCCUGACGAUCAGGACAUGGAAAAGGUGAUAUUUGAUGUGGUUAGUAAGUUGUUGAGAGAAGAGCUGGGUGAACAAGGAAGGAAUCCAGACCAAGCACUACAGAUAGACAACCAAGAAACAGAGGAAGAACAGGUGGAAACAGGCUCCAAUGAGGAUGCUAACAACGUCAUCCACGAUGAACUUUGA